CGCCGAUCGCGCUCGGAUCGUCUCCGGGUGAAUGUAGCGUCAGGGACCGGGAUGGAAACAGUGAGGAGCCGUGAUGGCUGACGGAGAGACAGGAAACUAGUGUGUCCCUCCUCAUGAGAUUAACUGUAACCUGACAAAGCAAAGUGGGCGAGCCGGUCUACUCUCCUGGUCACAGCGGCUCUCAGACAACGUCGCCCGUCGCCCUGCCGCCGCUUCGUAACAACAACCAUCACCUCCUGACGGGAGGCUCUAAAGCCGCCAUGUCGGACGCUGUGCAGCUAUCGUCGCAGUCGCAGGUCCACAUCACCCAGCUGUACGAGGACAACAAGCGUCCGGUCCUGACCUCCCAGCCCAACGGCCUGGCUCCACUCAGCUCCACCCGGCCGGGCCUGCCGCUGCCUGACCGGCAGACGUCGUCCUCGGACCCCAGCCACCACGGCCGCCAGGGCAGUGCCACCUCCAACAAGUCGACAGACAGCAAGCCAAAGCCCAACCCCCUGUCCCCGGAGCAGGCCAUGAAGCAGUUCAUGUCUAAAAUGUCCUCGUUCGAACACCACGAGGUCUUCAGCUUCCCUGAGGUGUAUUUUGUCGGUCCGAAUGCUAAGAAGAGGUCAGGGGUCAUGGGCGGAGCCAACAACAGCGGCUUCGACGAUGAUCAGGGAUCCUACAUCCACAUCCCACAUGACCACAUCACCUACCGCUACGAAGUCCUUAAGGUCAUCGGCAAGGGCAGCUUUGGACAGGUGGUGAAGGCGUUCGACCACAAGUCGCAGACCCACGUGGCUCUGAAGAUGGUCCGCAACGAGAAGCGCUUCCACCGGCAGGCGGCAGAGGAGAUCCGCAUCCUGGAGCACCUGAGGAAGCAGGACAAGGACUCGAGCAUGAACGUCAUCCACAUGCUGGAAAACUUCACCUUCCGAAACCACAUUUGCAUGACCUUCGAGCUGCUCAGCAUGAACCUCUACGAGCUCAUCAAGAAGAACAAGUUCCAGGGCUUCAGCCUCCCGCUGGUCAGGAAGUUCGCCCACUCCAUCCUGCAGUGUCUGGACUCACUGCACAAGAACCGCAUCAUCCACUGCGACCUCAAACCUGAGAACAUUUUACUCAAACAACAGGGACGCAGCGGCAUCAAGGUCAUCGAUUUUGGUUCCAGCUGUUAUGAACAUCAAAGAGUUUACACCUACAUCCAGUCCAGGUUUUACCGAGCUCCAGAGGUCAUUCUAGGCUCCAGGUAUGGGAUGCCUAUCGACAUGUGGUCCCUGGGCUGCAUUCUGGCUGAGCUGCUGACCGGGUACCCGCUGUUACCGGGUGAGGAUGAAGCCGACCAGCUUGCCUGCAUCAUCGAACUCCUGGGUAUGCCCAGCCAGAAGCUCCUUGACGCCUCCAAACGAGCCAAGAACUUUGUCUCGUCCAAAGGGUACCCGCGGUACUGCACCGUCACCACGCUGCCCGAUGGAUCCACUGUGCUGAACGGAGGACGAUCACGGCGGGGGAAGGUACGCAGCCCGCCGGGCGGCAAAGAGUGGAGCGUAGCGCUGAAAGGCUGCGAUGACCCGCUGUUCCUGGACUUCCUCAAACAGUGUCUGGAGUGGGACCCGGCGCUCAGGAUGACGCCCAGCCAUGCUCUGCGCCACCCAUGGCUGAGGAGGCGACUUCCCAAGCCACCAGCAGGAACCACCACCAUGGCGGAGAAGACCUCAUCAUCUAAACGGGCCACCGCCACCUCCGACAGCGCCAUCACCUCCAUCUCCAAGCUCGCCACCACCUCCUCAACCACGACAUCCUCCUCCUCCAAAACCAGGACUAACUUGGCAGCAAUCACCGAUGCCAAUGGAAACAUUCAGCCUAGGACGGUCCUGCCCAAACUGGUCAGCUGAGAGUGAAUGCACCCCACUCGCUGUGGUGGAAAGUGAGAGCUGUGCUCCCCGAGCAGCCGUGAGUAACCAGCUGGACCUGAAUAAAACUGGUUUGUCCAGUUUUAAGAGCAUUUGGUUUUUUGAAACUGGUUUUCACAGCGUUGUUGGGGUGCAUUCAGGACAAAUGCAGUCAUGGAGGCUUUGCACUGGGUUGUUAAAACGUGCAGAAUGGCUUUGCUGGGACGUAAACUAAGCUGAGGGGAACUUGAUUGAUGAACUGGGGCGCAUUGUCAGUCUUGACAAUUUAUUGUUUUACGUUGAGAGCAGCAAGAAGUGUUUGAAAUGAUCGUGAGGCUGCUACGACAAUCAAAACACACCACAUCGCUCUGUAGCUGCGAACACACAAACACACUCAGACAAACAUGGUGCUGAUGGGGGGAACAAGGCUUUUUUGUUUUUAGUACAUAUUCUAUUUAGCUCAGUUUACAGUUAAUAAACGGAUUAGACACCAAAAACCACUGUUAUUGAUUUUAGUCUUACAAGGUUAUAUCUGUUAGACAAUAACAGCCUCAUAGAAAACAUCUAUGUAGUUAACUGACAAAAUAAUGCAGAUAUAUCCUUAUAACACUAAAGCUACGGCAGUGAUUCGCUGGCUAGUCUUUGUUUCAUAUCUCAAGAAAUAAUGUUGCAUUUCAGUUUGGGGAACACGAGUAAAAGUAAAUACCGAAGUAAAAAAAAUAUUCUAACGAACCCGACAGAACCAUCAUCUACCUGUUAGCUGGCUAACUUUCCUAGCUAGCUGUUUUACAGUGUUGCUAGCUUCGUGCCUCUCAGCUGGCUAACUGCUAACUGGCACUGGUCAGUUGGUAGACAGCUACUUGUUUGUGUUUAGCUGUUACAUUGCUACCUAUUUACACCUAACUGGCUAGCAGUCAGCCUAGCUUUAGCUGGCUCACUAUUAGCCUUUUUUGGCAGACAGGUGGCUAGCCUUAGCCUCCUUUAGCCAUAGCCUGUUAGCUCUCCACUGCCCAGCCUUACGAAGCACAGAUCGAAUGACUUAACAUUUUUUACGCCUCAGAUUUAUAUGAUUUUUACGUGUUUUUAAGUUUUGUGAGGGUUAGCAGAGAGAGUGAAGAGGUGAAGAGGGAGAAAAAGAAAAGAAGAAGGUGUGUGAUUAUUGUUUAUAAGACACAAAAUGGCUGCUAAAGGAGGAGAAAGAGGAAAGUGGACUGAAGUUGGUUUUUAUGGACAAGUUUUAACAAAGGGCUCUGAUAUGUGUUAGAAACCAAAGUCUUGUUUAAAGUCGUGAAGCGUUUAUUCAAUAUCGUUUAUAUUUCGUCAGCCACUAUUGAAAGACCAGAUAAAAAAGCUGGAUAGAAAAAUUCCAACUCAUGAAUUUGAAUGGUAUUUUAAGGACUCCACAGUCUGUUAGUCACAGACGUCCUGAAUUAUUCCAGAUAUGAGGGCAACGCUAAUCAAAGGAAAAAAGACCUUCAGCCACACGGGAAUCACAUGAGACCAAAUGCUCUCCCUUAAUGUCACAGCACAGAGCAGGAUGUGUUCGCACGACUGUUCCGGUUUGAGGGUCGAGAGAGCGGAGAGGAUUGAAUGUUUCUUCCUUCUGGCUGUUUGGAAAGCAAAGCAGCUCUAAGGAUUUCACAGCUUUAAAACCUCCGUUAAAACGAGACCCUGUGUGAUCGGAGAGGCCGUUUGUCUGAAAUCAUAAAUAUGUUUUACGAAGCGUGUUUUUGUAACUUGAGCUUGGCAGCAGCGAGACCCUCACUUUGGCCCUGUGCAGAGGAACGUGAGUCAUAUUUUAGGACUAAAGACUGUAACCGUUAGUCUGAAGCUGUCCGCUUUGUAUAUAGAGAUUUAUCUGGUUCAGCAUGGACGUGUGAACAAUGCAACAGGGAACCAAGACUUUUAUUUCUACACUGAUCAAGUGCUUCAAUAAGAGUGAAGAUUAAGACGAAAAAAUUUAAACCAAGGAAUUCAUAGAAGUAGAAUCCCGUUUUUCGACUUAAUAACUAACAUAAUAACGUUAGCAUGUGAUUGUGCUGGACUAUGUUCCAGUUUUAAUUCAGGGUUUUAAUUCAGAGUAAUAAACUGUCUGAGAGUAUUAUGACUUUCAACCGUAUUUAGUAAAAAUAACAAUUUAAGAGGGUCCAGUCACACCAGCAAAGUUUCUCUGAGAUGCUCAGAAGCAGAUAGUCCUGUUUUCUACGUCCACACUACUAUGUUUUAGUUUUAAAACGUAUCACUGUUGCUAUGGUUACACCUGCCGUCCACAGUACUUUGGAAAUUUCCAGCCUCUAAAUCAGAGACUUUUAUAAACACUACUGGUCUUGUUUUAUUUUGAAAACUCCAGUGUUGUUUCAGUCUGGGAAAUGUUUAAAAAACACGUUCUCUUCCUGAUUGGUUCUCAUCAGUCACAUGACUCGACGACCAGCGGUGAAUACAACGCGUUGCUAACACUUCCUGUCAGUAACAGUUCCACCUCGUCAUCCCUGCUCUUACUUUUCACUGUCGCUGUUCUUCGUUCGUUGUAUUUUCUGUAACGAAGCGACCAACCGCAGAGAAGACAAUCUACUUCCUGUUUACACCACAUGACCAGUGUACGUGUAUGGUCAUGUGACGUCUUGUGUGUUAGUGUAGAGUAUUCCGAGAGUAAGUGGAUCUAAAACGCUUGUGUGGAUGGAGGUCAUUUUUGUUUUAGACGUAUUAGUAUGGAUGUAGACUACGCAGUCAAAAUACUUGAUUCCAGAGUGAAUAUUCGUAAUAAGUGUGAUUAUAAGACGGAAAACUCCCAAAGGUUACGCUGAACACAAACUGGAUAAUUCUCCGUAAACUCUCAACUUCAGCAACAUUCACUGCUGCAAACAACCAAUCACGUGACUGGACCCAGAUUCUGUCGAAUAACAAACAAAAGAUUCUUGUAUGAAGUGUUUGAAGUUACAGAACAGAAAUACAGCACAAGAUAAUAACAGAAUCUGAGAUGAAAUCGUGAACUACAUGAUCCAAAUCAUAAAAAUGACCAGUUCCUAUAAUGUGUAGACUGAUCAAACUGGUCAUUUAUUGAUCAGUAUUAGUUAAUGGAUCAAUCAGUGAGAUUGGGGCGGAGAGGGGGUUGAGCGAUGCUUCUUAUUUAUUUACUCCACUUUAAUUGAUAUUUAUUACUCUAAUCUACAUAUUUACUAUGAUGUGCAGUUCAUACCGUAUACUUGAAUGUGUGUGUGCGUCAGAUGUAUGUAGCAGUGUGUGUCUGUGUGUGCGUGUGUGUGUGUGUGUGUGUGAUGUCAAUGUUAGGACAGGUUUUCUGAAAAGCUUGUUCCCUCACACAAACACACAUUUAUCGAUAUAAAAACACAAAUGUAUCUUAACGCACUCUGAGAAGUGGAUCACGCCAGGACGAGGAGGAUGAAGAAGAGGAGGAGGAGGAGGAGGAGGAAGAUCCGAGGGCUGGUCGUGUGACGACGUCAGCCUGACAAAUGUGUUGUAAUGUAGCACACGAGAAGAGGACGAUGACAAUGAUGUGACGCACAUAAGGAAGUUCUGACGUAAAACACAGACUACCUGCUCCGCCCACCUCAGGGGAAACUCUGCCCCCAGUGGACGGAGGAGGAGGACGCGUGGGCCGGUCCUCUUUGAUGUUUGUUUUCUAAAGAUUUGAUUGAUUGGUUUGUUGAGUAUGUUUUUUAAGUUUUUUAUGUUUUUUAGUGAGAAGGAGCGCUGAGAGUCGUAACUUUGUGCCUUCAGUAUCUCAUCGCCACAUGCGCCCGCCUAGCACACACACACACACACACACACACACACACACACAAAGUGGCGAUGUCAUAGCAACUAUCACUAGUUCUGGUGCAACUUACGAUUUUAUCCUUAUGGCUCAGGUUACCACAGAAAUUUCCACCAAGAUAAAUAACAGUGAUUUCAUAUCAGGACUGAGGAGGUUCGUUCAUUUCAUGGACUGAAGGUUGAUUCAAAUACUCUGAUGAAGAAUCCUCGUUAACCACUAUGAAUAAUUACUCCUGCAUCUCUUAACUUUAUGAUUUUAUGUUUUGUAGUGUACGUUAGAAUUUCUCACAGAACCACAUGCUUUGUUUAAAUGUCAGUUUUCUUCUAACCAACAGUCUGAAGUUUUUUUAAUUUAGAAUCUUGAAUUUGCUAAUUUCAAAAUUCCUGGAUUUUAUAAUCUCAGAAUAGUACGAGUCACAAUUUUGACCCAAAAUUUUGUGAGAAUGAAUUCUAUCAAAUCAUUUGACACAAAGUCACAAUUUAGAUUUUAUGAAGUGAUACAUUUUUAUGUGUGUAUUUUUAUUUUUCCCAAGUAGAAAUCCACCUUUCAGCAGAAAUGGGCUGAAGUUUUUGUGGGCGGAGCCAGUUGACAGGCCAACGCACUGACCACAAACUGUAGCUUUAAACUGCACUGACAUCUACGUGUGUGUGUGUGUGUGUUGGGGUGAGUUGUGUAACAUGGCUGCACAAUGUACAGACACAUAUCAGCCAACUGUCGCCUCGGUAAAGACGGGCGACGCCUGCUGACGACAGGGCUAAGCUAACACUAGCCGAUCGACCGCUAGCGUCCAGCCGCUAGCUGCUGCACUGACGUUUAUUUUCUCUACAGUGAAGCUAACACUAGCCUACAGCUAACUGGCUGCUAGUAGCACAUAGCACGUUUUUACCUGCUAGCUACAGUCACGUUGAGCUCCUCACAGUUGUGCUCAUGCAAACUGUUAGCGUUAGCAUUAAUGUGGUUUUAAAGCGUUCUUUUUUCAUGUUGGUACCUCAGAUUACUCAGUUAUCAUUAUUAAUAUUAUCAUUAUUAGUGUUGUCAUUGUUGUGACUAACACCCAGGGCAUUUGGUUGAAUCUACCAAAGUGCAUUCCUUUACAAAGCUAGCUAAAGCUAGCUGCAGACAGACAGACAAACGAGUAGAUAGAAGGUCCAACAGAAAUUACGUGAAUACGGAGGCCAUCAGAGGAGAAGCAGCUUCCGCCUUUCUGAGGGAGGAACUCGCCAUUGGACGUUACGUUUUUGUUUUUUACAAAAAAGAUGAACUGACUGCGGUCGUCUGGUUUAACUGAUGACCUCUUGGUAGCAUGUGUGAAAGCUCGUUAGCCAUUUAGCUUCUAUUGGGAGAUCUCUACAGCCAGAGGUUAGCCACUGUUAGCGUGAAGCUACACUAAAUUUCUGUGAUGUUUGACAGCUGCGUUUUAUUGUGGAUUUUAUUUGUAAAUAAUGUUGAAAAAUGUUUGAAUAAUACAUUUUUGGGGUUGAAUGCGCUGCUGUGCCACCGCGGCCAGUUUUACAAUGUACUGUAUCUACUGUACAGAACACAGACGUCGACACUUUUCUAGUGAGCCUUUGUUAAAUUUUAUUGUGGUGAAAAAUUAUUAUUAUUAUUAUUAUUAAUAAAACAGUUUUAUUGUUCA